UUUUCUUUUCUUUUCUUUUUUUUUUUCUCAAUAUAUCUCUCUGAUUCAACCGGCGAUAUGAAGGACUCGGCCAUUUUUCCCAGCGAUCAAGGUGCCUUUUUUGAUGUGCUGCAACUCAUUGGAUUUCGAUACGCCAAGUUUGGAGAUUUGAAGUGUAAAGCUUCUUCAAGGUUAUCUACAACACAGAGAUAAUAAUAACAAGUUGAGAUCUACAACACAGAGAUAACAAUAACAAGUUGAGAUCUUCAUGACGGAUAGUAUCAACAGCUUCAAGAGAGAUUUGGUUGCACUUUGGAUAAGGAGGUUCUAGUUGUUCAAAGUUGUCUGAGUCUCUUGGAUAACGUGAAGCUGUCGAGAUUCCAUUCAAAUCAUGGUUAGGUUUAAGAAUGAUAUGGCUCCCCGCUCAAAGCUGUCAGGCAUGCAAAAGCAAGUUUUAGGUUUAUAUCGAGAUUUCCUUCGGGCAGCACGAAAGAAGCCCCCAGAAGAGCGCAACAGAAUUCGGUCGAUCAUUUCAAGUGAGUUCCAUGAGAAAGCAAAGAAUGUUGAUAGGAAGAAUUUCCUCUACAUCGAAUACUUGAUGCGGCGAGGAAAGAAGCAGUUGGAGCAACUAAACAACCCUGAAACUGUUAGCCUAUCAACCUUUAAAUUUGCCUCAUCAUCAGCAGCAAUCAAUCCAUCACUUGACAAUCAAAAUUCAAACAUUUCAUCAUCGGAGUUGCAUGCUGCUGAGCCUGACAAAGAACCUGCAGCAAAGGCCACCGUCCAGUAAGUUCUUCGGUGAUUCAAACGCAAAUGCGGCUCGCCAAUUGCCGCACCACUUUUGUUCCUAUAUGAGUUCUCCAUGGCAUUCUUUUAUACUGCAAAAUGGUCACAGAACAAACACCCAUCAAAGUUUGAGCCAGGUUAAAUUAACCAGAAGCUACUUCUUGGGUUGUUUUCCUGAGGAGUCUGGGAAUGUGCUGUUGUAGUGUUGUGCAGUGUUUCAAGCAAAGAUUGGAUGGAGACUCAUCUAUCACAUUUCUGUUUGAGCAAAUUAUGUGCUAUCUAAAACAUUUGUAGCUUUAGAGGACUCAUGAUAAGUGUAAUAUAUAUAUAUAUAUAUGAGGCCGCACCUUUUAUGAAUGUUUGUAUAAUUUAAUUCAAUGAAAUUUUUUAACAAUGCUAGUAACAGUGCUCUUCUACUGUGCUUUUAAUAA